AUGGUGAGCGGCCGCCAGCCCCGGCUCCUCCUGCUCCUGGCCCUCUCCUCCUGGCUGGCCGCCGCCGGCUGCUACUCGGCCGUUUUCGGUUGGUUCCUCCACAAAGAAGAAGAAGCCGGAGUCCCGGCCCCCUCUCCCUCUCCGGGAUGCAGGGUCGUCGUCGCCGGCGGCGGGCCCCCGCACCCCCCCUUUGAGAUGACCACGGUGGACGAGCGGUUUGUGUCCGAAGGCCAGAGGCUGGAGCUGAGUCUGCUGGACAGCUGUCACCAGGCGGUAAUAGCUCAGCUAAAGUCCUCUUGCAGUGACCUUUCAGAAGAGGAGCUUGCCAAACUUGGGGUGUCCUUAUUCAACUGUCAAGCAGCUGCUGAACAUCGUCUAACUUACCUGUGUACUGCAGACAUGACGUUAGCUGAAUGUACAGCGAAUAUGGACCCUGAUACCUGGAAUGCAUACCACAUAGUCAGUAACCGGGCACGUUCUGUGUGCUAUGCCACACGACAGCAGGAUUUCAAACGAAGGACUGAGCUGACAGUGAACUCACUGGUGGUUUCAGCUUCCAGCCAGUUGGAAGCCAUGAAAAUGCUGAAGGAUGGGCAAAAAGAACUGCGAGAGCUGACUGCUUCGUCACUGGAGAAGGUUGUCAAGAGUCAGAAUGAGUUGCUGGAGCAGCAGGAGCAGCUUCAGGAUGGUCAGCAAGGUUUGGAGUCCUCCAUUAAUGGAAACCUGGAGAAGUUGACCAAGGAAAAGGAGCUCAUUGCUAGCGGACACCAGCAAGUUGCCAAGUUGAUUGAGGGCAUCACGUUAACAAUGGAAAAUGUCAGUAGACAAUUGGCUAACCAGAACUCUGAGCUACAAGAAGGUCAUCGAGCAAUUCUAACUGACCUCCUGGAGGUCAGGGCACGUGCUCAUCAGGUGUACACCAAGCUGGAUUCGAACCUGGCUUUAUUUUCUGCCCACCAGUCCCAGACUGCCAUCUAUUAUGACCAGUUAAUGGAAAAGCUGCAGAAGAUGAACCAGACUGUGGGCAUGGUGAUGUACAUGAUUGACCACCUUGAACUAGGAGUGAGCCAGAGGCUGAACAGCAUUCAGCAUUUCCUGAACUGGGCAGGAAACAACCUCCAUGUAAUCUACACAUGUACAGUCCAUGUCAGCUAUUUCCUGGUUGCUGCCCUCAUCAUGACAUUCUUGCAAACUCCAGGUUUCUCCCGAAUGGUGUUGUUGAUUCUGGUGGUGUUAAAUGCUCUGUCUCAGUUUAACCACUGUGUCUCCAUGGACCUCAAGUGUCUCACUCUCUUCCUAUCUAUGACUGUGGUUGGUAACUGGAUGUUGAUUAACUGCUUUAGUUUCUGGAAGAGGAAGUCCCUACACGGUCAUCCAACUACUCCUGUUAUUGUGCCUUCAAACCUCUGCAACUCGAUGAAGACUUGGUUUCGCACCUCCACACCUGAGCGAAAGAAUGACUUUCCCAGCUUCGAGGAAGAGCUUGAGAAACUGGAAUGUGAUGGCUUGCGAGGCAACUAUGGUUCUGAGAAUGCAGAUUUUAUCAGAAGCAGCACUCUGAUAGAGACUCCAGCCCAGGCAUCGCCACACACUAAGACUCAAAUGGAAUAUGUCUCCAAAAUUCCUAUAAGCUCCAUGCCCAUAUUGAAGAAAAGACUGGGAUUGACCAACUCUGCGCGUUGGGAGGCCACUCAGAGAAAUAUUGUUGUGGAAGAAGCUCCCCUGAAUCACCAUGCAAGCAAGUUUGAAGCUGAAACCUUCAGUCUCAGUAAUUCUGCUGCCAGCAAUGGAUCUCUGUCACAGAGGCAACCCUGUUCUGGCAUCACAAAGACUGGUCAGCCAUGCCGAAAUAAAGCAGUUACCGGACAGGAGUUCUGUCGAAUCCAUGUUUCAGGGCAGACUUCAUAACAGUUAAAUCUACUUUGGUCUAAAUCACUUGCUUAGUUGAAGAAUGUUGAUGCUAUUUUAAAUUUGGUUAAUUUAAUAUGACAUGUAUUUAUAAUUUCUUGGUUUUUAAACAGAUUUGACAUAAAU